AUGAGAGCAACCCUAUUCUAGUAGUUAAAAAAAAUAAGAGCUGAAUCAGCUAAAUCAGGAACUAACCGAAACAAGCACAUGCUUGAUACCUCAGAAUUACUUCCCAGAUCAAGCUUUCAUAAAAAAAGGAAGCAAGAAGAACCUAACAAUUCGUUUCAUGAAUAUCCGUGUUCAUUUAGAUUUCCCGAUAAAGAAAGAUAUGAAUAAGAAUUAAAGCAAUUGAAAAAUAACAUGAAUUCUUUGGAAAAUGAAAAUAUUAGGCUAAAAACCAAAAUUCAUUAGAUGGAAGGUAUGUCUAAUCAAAUUCAUUUCUAGAUAAUUAACUUAAAUAAGAGAAAAUGAUAUAAGAAUUAGAUCGAAUAGGCCCUAUUAAAGCACCAUUGCUCUAGGCAUUAAAUUUCUCAACUGCUUAAACUGCUUUAAAAAAAGAGAUUAUUAAUAUAAGACAAGAGUUGCAAAAAAAGGAUAAGGAGCUAUAAAUUAUCAAAAAAACCCAAAGAUUUGCUUAGAUCACUGAAUUGUAAAUUGAAAAAUCUGCCUUUUAAGAAGAAACAAUCAGAUUAAGACAAUAAAUAGAUUCGCUAUUGUAAGCAAGUUUAUAUAACCUGCAGUAAAACAAUGUAGAAUAAGUAAUUUAAGAGAGAAUAUUUGCUUUAGUAGCACAAAUCUAAUAAGAUUUAAUGCGUUAGAGAGAAUUGGAAAAGCUCAUUGAAAGGCUAAAAAAAGAAUGUCUAAAGUAUAGAGUAUGUAAUAUAUCAUUAUAAAGUCAUAAUAAAUCGAUUCAGAAUACAAAAGCAAAAGGGAAAUCAAGAAGCUAAUUACAUAAUUAAGAGAAUAGGCCUCUAAUAACUCUAAAGAAAACAACAAAGAAUUAAAAUAGAUCCCAACCAAGGCUGACGAAUUAUAAAAUUUAACUGAUUUGAUGUUUGCAAAAUAAGAACUUAAAUCAAGGGAUAAUGAGAUUGAAAGAUUAAGUUAAAUGGUCUUUGAUUUAGAGGUAUAAAUCAAAGAAAUUUCACUUGCUUAAAAUUAAGAAUUACAAGAUACUUAAAACUAAUCAUAAUAAUUGGAGGCAACUUCGAAAUCUAAACAAAUUAAAAUAUCGUCCUAAGUCUUUGCAACUGAAAUUAUGUAAGAAAUAGCUUUGCCAAUUAAAAAAUCAAUAGUUGUGUAUCAACAAUAACUAGUAAGUAAAUAGCCACCAAAAAGAAAGAUAAUACCUGUGAAAUUUGAUGAUAUCAAAAUAAUUGGAGAAACCCUGAAGUAUCGAUUGAUGGCUAUGGAUAUAGCCAUUUAAUAACUAGAUGAGUAUCUAUUUGAAGGGGACACCAUGACAAUUAAAGAAUUAAAAGAUAAACUUAGAUUAUAUCCUUUCAAUUUAGCUAAAGAUGAAGCCUUUUUAUUAGCAAGAUACAUUAUGGAAGGAGACUCCGAUGUUUAUGAAUUAGAUGAUGUUGCUUCAAAUCCUACUCCAUAUGUCCGUUCUGUAAUUAAGAAAGUAUUGCUUAAUUAUAAAUUGGAAAUUGUAAAAUGCCAAAUCGAGCAUUCAGAUAAAUUAAAGGAUGUCCUAAUAAAACUUAAGCCUUUCAUUAUAAGUAAUAUAAAGUAGUUGUAUGGAAGAGAUUGCGUUAGAGUGAGUAAGAGUUAAUUCAAAGAUGCUUUGGUUUCAUUAAACAUUGAGUUGAAUUAAUUUGAACUGGAUUACUUAAUUACUUAAGGUAUUUUGGAAAGUAGAAGUGUGGAAUCUUUAAAUUAUGAAGAAAUGUUGAAGUACGAACCUAUUAAAAUAGAGGAUUAAUAGCUUUCAUUUUUAUUAACAGAGAUAGCAAAUCAAAAUAAAUAACCCCCUGAAAUGUCUGUAAUAAUGGAAUGUCCUGAGAAGGUUUCUGAAUUAGAAUAAUAGGAAUAUAAUGUUAAUUUUAAUGUAGAAUAAUAAGCUGAGGUGGAAGAUUAAUAUACACUUGAUGACAAAUAUGUAAGUGAUCAAUUUGAAUCAGAGAAUGAGAAAAUUAAAUAAGGGUUAUCAUCAGAUUGUAUUUUGCAACAGUGAAAUUUUUUUUUAUUUAUUUGAUAUUAAAUACUAAUAAAAUUUAUUUGUUAAAUAAAAUAUGAGCUUUAGAGUAGAAGAGUCUCCCUAAUUUAAGGAAGAAGAGUUAAAUCUAUCCAAAAUUUAUUAAUACAGAGAAUCUCACUUCUCUGGAUUCUCAUUCCCAAGCAGCGUUAGACAUUAAAAACGAUAGACUUUUUAAGCAUCUGUAGAAACGAAAACUCCAACUCCUAAUCAAACCCAUAUUGAAAAUGCUCCUUGUGAAUUGAGCUUUGAGAUAGAGAGAAUGAUUAAGGAAAGGGAACAAUUAUUCACUGAUGUGCAAUUUUAUGAACCUAAGGUUACGUUUAAUGUAGAUGAAUCCCCUCAAAGAAUUAGGAUUCAAAGAAACAGUGCUCCGAUGCCUAAUACUCAAUUAUAGUAUCUAAACUAAUAGAUCAUAGAUGCAGAGCAUACUUAUAAUUAGUAUUGCUAUUAAUUAAUUUGA